CGCCCAUUUUUGAAUCACUAAGAAACCGAAAGUAUAAUUCCUUUUGUUGUUAUCCACACUGCUGUCCCAGACCUUGAGCUUGGUUUCUUGUCUUAAACAGCAGAUCGUGUGUAUUCUCAAUAAUCUAACAUGAGCGGAAGUGACAAAUUCGUCAUCAACAAUGAUGAGCUGAUCCGGAUCGUACUGGUGGGGAAGACCGGAGCUGGAAAAAGCUCCACAGGAAACACCAUCCUCAGAAACCAGGUUUUUGAAGCUGAUUUCUCCCCUGAAUCUUUGACCACAUGCUGUAAAAAAGCCAUAGGUGAGGUGGAUGGAGAGCAGGUCGCCGUCAUUGACACACCAGGUCUGUUUGACACCAGGACAGAUGAAGAAACUACCAUCAAAGAUAUCAUCCAGUGCAUUACUUAUGCUUGUCCUGGACCACAUGUGUUCUUAGUUAUUGUCCAACUGGGAAAAUUCACAGAUGAAGAAAAGCAAACGAUCCAGAAGAUUCAGAAGAUCUUUGGUGCAGAUGCAGACAAAUACAGUCUGGUCCUGUUCACCCACGGAGAUCAGCUCAAAGGGAAGACAAUCGAGAAGUUCUUGAGCAAAAGCAGUGUCCUUCAGGAGCUUGUGGCCAAAUGUCACGGCCAGUACCACGUCUUCAAUAAUGAGAAGGAGGAUCCUUCUCAGGUCACCGAGCUGCUCAAGAAGAUCAGAAAUAUGAAUGAAAGGAACGGAGGGAGCUACUACACCAACGAAAAGUUCCAGAAGGCAGAGAGAGCCAUCGAAGAAGAGAAACAACGGAUCCUGAGAGAAAAAGAAGAGCAAAGGAGGCAAGAGGAGGAGAAAAUAAGGAGGGAAACCGAGAUAAAGUAUGAGCAACGUCUGAGAGAAGUGAAAGGUGACAGGGAGAAGAAGAGGCAAUUAAUGGAAGAACAACACAAUGAAAUUGCUACAAGAAUGGAAAACCUGUGGAAAAUUCUGAACCAUCAGGCCCGACUGAAAGCUGAGAACAGCGGUGUUGUAACUGAAGUGCUGAUUGGAGUUUUUGGUCUCAUUGCUGUGAUCUCUUCACUGUUCCUUAAAUUUAAAAUGUAACAGUGUAAUCUCCCCUUUUUCCACCAGCGUACUCAGGAACUUCUCUGAGCGUAUCUGCUAGUUCCUAGAAUCGUUGUUUGUUAUCCUUGAUCUUCUCAUUUUUCUUUGUAUUCCAGAUUGUCUCUUAUUAUUCUCUUGUUAGUACCCAUAGAUUUGUGGGAUUCACCAGUGUUUUCUUAUUGUUGCUCUUACUCCAGCUCAGAUCACAUUUUCCCAGUGGUCGAGUGUAUUUGAAGAAGAUAAGACAAAAACCUCACAGCCCAGGAACCAUAACGCAAGUAGAUUCACCUAAUUUUAUGUUUCAGAGAAAUUUCUACGAUUGAUUAUUAAAUUUGUGGUUGAAAAAUGUCUUAUUAGUUCUGACUGGACACCUUUAUAUCAGAAAUAAUAAAAACUACGAUAAAUGAUUAAAUUAGAUUAAAUUAAAGGAGAUCUAUGGGACAACAGUGGAAACAUGUUAUCCCUCAGAUUAGUUUUUGUCCUGAUAGCCCAUAAAUAAAUAAAUUUAAAAAGUUGAUUUGAUUUUAAAAUAUAUUAAUUUCUCUGCUAAAGAUCUUCUGUUUCUUAUUGUCCUUUUUUGGUUCCUCUCUUAUACUGAAAGUCAGCUGUUUGCAUGUGACAACACCUGCCCUUUUAUGGUGUUAAGUGGGUGUGGUCAGAUAUGCUAAUUGGCCACACCCAUCACUUUAACAAUCAAAUGAGAGUCAACUUUCAUCACACCUGAGUAAGGGCAGAUUUGGACAGUAAGAACAUUUGGUGCAUCUGGAACUAGAAUUUGUUUUAUUUCAUGUCAUAGAAAUAAAAAGAAAAUUAAAUGUGUGUUGCUCAUCUCAGAGGGUCAGUGUUUACACUUCCUCAGGUUUUUCCAUCACGUGCCAAGUCUGUUCUAUUCUAUAGGUAAUUUUGUCUAAAUGGAGAGUUGUAAGAAAGAAAACCAUCUGCUUACUUUGGUGUUUUUCCAGGAGAGAACAACUACUAAAGCAUUUUAAGCAUUCAGCUAAAAUCUACAAAUAUUUGUUGAUUCCUUUUAAUCUUCACUUUAUCUUGGCAUAAACAGUUGUGGGACUAAGGGUACUUGGUAUGUGUAAAAUGUUUUGGAUGCAUUGUUUCACCUCUUGCCAGAAUUUUUGUAUUUCAGUAAAAAUACAAUCAAAAACUGUA